AUGCCCCAAAAUGAAGGGCCGCAAGACCCCCCCACAGGUCCUCUUGUGAACCUGGGGGGGCUCGAGAACGUGACCAACGAAGCAUGGGCUAAUUUUAUGCGCAACACCCAAAAUUCAGAAGCAACUAGUAUUAACGGCUCAAAAAAGAGGCCGUCGGACUCUUCGCCCCUGCCGAAUCGCGCAGCACCCUCAGUGCCGAAGACACCACCCCAGAAACCCAACCGCAUAUUGCAAAGCGUGACUGUCGAAAAAUUUGUAACAUCGAUCAACUCUGCUUGGGAAGCUGCCACUAGAUUAAAAAUGGAACUCUCACCACCAACGCUAGAUGAAUCGGUCAAAAAGAAAAUCGAGGAUAUCUAUGUCAUGUUCGGUGCGCCCCUCCCAAAGUUCCCAGACAUAACUCCCCUGUCCAUUGCCCUUGAACACGCUACUGCCACAUGUAAGAGCUUGGCUCAAAUGAACGCUGAAGGAGAGAACGAAGGAAGGUCAGUUGGGAGGUUCAAACGAGACCACCACCAAGCUGUUCCCUGGUUCUUUAGUUAG